ACGACUGUCUUUCUGGCAUUUUGAAACAACUCCUCGUCUGACCAAUGUGGGUGUUCCUCUUGUAGUUUGGAGGCUACGUAAUUGUGGUAACGAAACCAGAUAAUCCCUUCUGCUGCUGUGAAAAUGUUCUCAUUGGCCCAAGCAUUUCCCAACUCUGGAUACGCAAGAUAGAAAUGAGGGAAUUAUUUGCCUUAUUCAGGUUCCUGCCGUGCAAAACAUAAACUCAUACAUCACUACCACAUGAGCCAGCAUAGGGCAAAACACAGGCAAACCAAACAUACAGAAAAUUAUACAAACAUGUACAGAAGUGCCACCACAUUCAUUGUAUUCAUGAUGUCACACAAAUACAACAGUAUAAGAAUAUUUAACCACUGAUGAAUGGGAUGAAUCCUGUUUGCUUUCAAGUGUGUUGGCAAAAAAGAAUCUCCCUGCCUCCACCCCGCGUUGCAAAUACAAAACGUUGAAAACACAGAUGACGAAAAACACCAGUGCGGUAGCGUGUGGUGAGUGAGCAACAAUUUGCACAAAUAUCUAAUCCAGCCAUGACUGAAGGCUGCAACCCUGAUCCAAGCAGACCUCCAUCAAGUACAAUAUCAUUUGAAUAUCUGAAUUUGGGAGUGCUCAGCGUCAAAAGUGAACGUUUAAAUAAUACAGUUGAUCUUACCAUAGAGGCCCUGAGGUCCGUGAUCACCUGUUGCGGGGUCAGCAGCGCUCCACAUGAGACUGUGUCCUGCCGCCUCUUUCGGCAUGUUCCACUCCAAGGUGGAGGCCAGGAGACCCCCAGAGAAACUUCUCAGAGAAUCCGACCAGGAAGUGGAUGGGCCAUAAAUGGAGCUGCCAUCAAUCCACGCAGUCACCAUAUUGACCUUCAAUCAAAUUUCAUUUUCUUUAUUAAGUGUUAAAGUUUUUGACAGGACAAUAAAUAAAGUUCAUCGAUAACUGCUUAAAUGACAACAGUAUAUUCCUAUUACUACCUGUGUUCGAGGGUUGCUUGGACUCUGGCCGGUGUCUUUGUCCCAUGGUCCUCUUUGGAAGGGCAGCAGAACUUCACCAGUACCAGUUGGGUCAAAAACAGGGUCACCUCGAGGCACUGGGAUGUUCAUGAAUUCAGCAUAAAGCAUCCUCCUCCUCAUGCAUAUAAAAGAGGUGCAUGUCUUUUCAUGAGUUCCACUCGCCGCUUCAGCCCUUCUCUUCCAAGGUGCAGCCACAAGAACUGGAGCUAAGAUGACUUUCUACGAUGACAUUUACCCUUUCUACCCUCUACAAAGGACCUCCUUCAUCUUCAGUGGUCACUUGCUGACUGUUAUCAUGUGUUUCCUUGUGCUUACGCUCAGUCUACUUCUCAUUCUGCCUGGAAUUCGAGGAAAGCCUCGCCUUUUCUGGAUGUUGAGGAUCAUUUUGAGCUUAUUUGUAGGUUCUGUAAUUGUGGCGCUCAACUUUACUGACAACUGGGCUGAGGCCCGAAUGACCACAAACGCUACCUACAAGUCUUUUAGCAAUGCAGUGGUUCAUGCGGAGAUUGGCUUGCACGUCGGACUGUACGGAAUUAAUGUUACACUAAAAGGAAAACCUGUCAUCCAGUUCAAUGAGACUAUCGACUACAAUGAGAUGUUCACCUGGCGUGAUACCAUCGAGGAGGAGUACAAGGAAGCGUUGGAGAAAGGUCUACCCAACCCCAUCCUGUACAUUGCAGAGAAAUUCACUCUGAGCAGCCCGUGCGGCCUCAUCUUUCAAUACAGACACUCUGGACGAUACGCGUCUGCCACUCUCUGGGCUGCGUUUUGCUGCUGGAUGUUGGCCAAUAUCCUUUUCUCCAUGCCAGUCAUUUUGUACGCCGGCUACAUGAUGUUGGCUACAGCCGCCUUCAUCUUCACGUCCAUGGCCGCCUUCACCACCAUCAUGCAUGCACCACAGUGCGUUUUCUCCAUUGGAGCAACAACCUUUCAAACCCAGUACAGCUUUUCAUUCUGGCUGGCUCUAGCCACUGGCUUUCUGUGUGCCAUCAUCGGGGUUCUGGUGGUGAUACUGAACUUUAUGUUACCUGAGAAGAUAAAAGAGGCUUUCAGCGUUUGUAUUGACAGCUAUGAGGAUGAUAUUUCUUAUGGGGAGACGUACCUGAAUUCAGCCCUCCUUGAUGAAAUAGUGGCUUUACCACAUUCCUCGACAAAGGUCACUGAGGAACAUAUUUGAGUCCAUGUCAGCAAUUUUUCUGGUCAAUACUUCAAGUUCUGAAUGCAGCACAGUGAUAUUGUCGAGUCAUUUCUGUAUGUACCGCAUGUGUGUUGUGUGAUUAACCAUACUUGUAAUUGCAAUAUUCUGUAUGGGAUCCAUAAACUGUAUUGUAAAUGAACACAGGUUUUUUUUUAAAUUAUUAUUAUGAUUAGUCUGACAUUGACCUAUUUUACAAUUUUCACUGUUGGAUUUAGGACAAUAUAUUUCAAAUGGUACCGGUGUUCCCCAACAUUUUUUGUCUUGUGUACCCCCGGAACCUUUUUGUCAUAACAUAGAGUACCCCCUCACUCAUACGUGUUGAUAAUUCACGUUCCAUUUUAUUGCGUACCACUAGGUGUAUGCGUACCCCUGGUUGGGAAUCACUGUAGUACACUACAGCAGUGAUCCCCCUGAUCAACCCCCUGGCAGAAAGAAAAAAUAAUUUCCAUUAUGUUUUAUUUUGAAAAGUGGCCGGAUUGCUAACUUUCUCUUUACUACUACUGUAUUUUUAGCAUUUUUCUUUCACCUCAUAUUUGGUGUCAAAUGCUGAUACUAUGCGGGAAUGCAUAAAGGUAAGUUUUGAUGACUUAUUGAGUGCUAAUGUGCACAUUUGUCUCAAGUUAAUUCAUGCUAGCACACUGCCUUGUACCACACGUCAAACAGCGAUGUAAUAAUCUCUCUGGAAACACUUGAACUGGUGGAUGGUGGGUCGGCAUUCUUUUUGUGCUUUUAAUGUGAUGUUAUUCAUGUCUUAGUUUUACACAAUACAUCAUAAAUAAGAUAAAUUAGAUAGCUAUAAUGUACGAAAUACCCCCCAUACCCCCACCCCCACCAGUCCGCGGGAGAUUUGUGGGAACACAAGCCGGUCCGUGGGUCAAAAAAGGUUGCAUAUACAGCAUCGUAUUGCCUGUAUAUUGUUGUGAUUACUUUUGGGAAGUGGCACCUUGUUAAUAAAAUGAAC